AAGAGGAAAAAAAAAGUCUCCCCCGCGGGAGCCCGCGGCAUUUAGGCUGGAGUUGGCCGGCGAGCGCGCGUGCGCGAGCGCGCACAGACGCCCUCCUCCACCGCUCCCCUCCAUUGGGGGGUCUAGCGCACAGCUCCGCUGUCCCCGCCUCUCCCGAGGCUCGCGCCCUCGGGGUAAGUACCUCGCGACUUGCGGAGAGGGGGGUGAAUCCGCCGAAGGAAGGCUGGAGGCGGACAGGGCUGGGAGAAAGGGAAAAAGCGCUCUCGCAGAGCGAAGAGCUCGGCCACCAGGCUGGAGUCUGCAGAAGACACGCCUCCAUCCCUCACGCCCCUCGGGGCUGCGGAAGUGCUCUGGAGACUGGAGCGGCAAGGAGGCGACAGGUGGACUACCAUUCCCAGAAGGCAGCGCGCGGCUGCGCCUACUGCUCCCGGCAGUACCUGCGCGCUAGGCUUUUUUCAGUUUGCUGCCUCCUAGGGCGAAACUACAGUUCCCAGGAGGCCUCGCGCGAAGCGGCUUGGAAGUGGGCAGCCUGGAAGUCACUCGGGCCACAGGAGCUGGCGGCGUCUCCAGCGAACGGCGCGGGGCCGGACACCGCGGUCGUGGGGCCCGUGUGACGGGCAGCCGGGACGCCCAGAUGCACAGCCUUUGACAUUGGCUCUUCUGAGACCCUCGAGGAGCCCUAGUGUCCGGAGCACACAGGCAUGGCAGGGAAGACGGCCCUGCAGCCCGCCGGCCCUCACCCACAUCUCCUGCUUGCGCUGUCCUGCUGAGCUGCUCAGUCUGGAGACCCUAGGACAGCACCUGCCUCCUGAGGUUGUCCUGGCUCAGUUGUCCACAGCGAUGGUGGAGAACUGGACUCCACAGGCUCACAACCUUCCAGUCAGGCUUCAGGGGCCAGCAUCCUUUAUCCUGGGACUGGCGGCCCUGAACAAUGGCUGAGGGCCCGGGGACCCCAUAAAGUUACUCCGCAGCUCACGGGAGCCAGCAGCACUCCAGUGCCCGUGGACUAUGACCACCUAUCGGCCCAUUCCCAAUGAUGGUGUGGAUCUGGCAGCCAGCUGUGGGGCCAGGGGGGCCGAUGUCCUCCCCGGGCCGCACACAGGGGACUAUGCUCCCAUGGGAUUCUGGGUCCAGAACGGCGGCAUGCCCCAGCCGGUGGGUGAGAGCCCAGUCAGCGCCACCACCCGCCCCAGUCCCACCACCCCUGCAGUGCCCAAGAUGGGUGUGCGCGCACGAGUGGCCGACUGGCCGCCCAAGCGGGACGCCCUGAGAGAGCAGAACAACCCAAGCCCCUCACAGGACGCAGAUGGCACGAAGGCCACAAAGGUGGCCCAUUCCCUGAGGAGCAUACAGAACGGACAGCCCCCUGUCAGCACCCCGGCUUCCUCAGGGCCCAAAGCCUUCCACAGACUCUCCAGGAGGAGGUCCAAAGACGUGGAAUUCCAGGACGGGUGGCCCCGGUCCCCCGGCAGGGCCUUCCUCCCCCUGCGGCACCGCAGCAGCAGCGAGAUCACCCUCAGCGAAUGUGACGCGGAGGACGCGGGGGAGCCGCGGGGGCCGCGGCACCCAGGGGCCCUGCCCCUCUUCCGGGAGUACGGGAGCACGUCCUCCAUCGAUGUGCAGGGCGUGCCGGAGCAGAGCUUCUUCGACAUUCUCAACGAGUUCCGCGGCGAGCAGCCCGAGGCCGCGGGCCCCCAGCGGCUCGGCGAGGGCCACCCCGCCGAGCCCGCCCUCAGCGCCCACCGCACCAACGCCAGCAUCUCGGUGCUGGAGGUGCCCAAGGAGCAGCAGAGGACGCAGAGCCGCCCGCGGCAGUACAGCAUCGAGCACGUGGACCUGGGCGCCCGCUACUACCAGGACCACUUCGUGGGCCGAGAACAUGCCAAUUACUUUGGUGUGGACGAGAAACUGGGGCCAGUGGCUGUGAGCAUCAAGCGGGAGAAGCUGGAGGACCACAAGGACCACGGGCCUCAGUACCAGUACAGGAUCAUCUUCCGGACCCGGGAGCUCAUCACCCUGCGGGGGUCCAUCCUGGAGGACGCCACACCCACAGCCACAAAGCAUGGGACGGGGCGGGGCCUGCCCCUGAAGGACGCCCUGGAGUAUGUCAUCCCUGAGCUCAACACCCACUGCCUGCGGCUGGCGCUCAACACGCCCAGGGUGACCGAGCAGCUGCUGAAGCUCGACGAACAAGGGCUCUGCCGGAAGCACAAAGUGGGCAUCCUCUACUGCAAGGCUGGCCAGAGCUCGGAGGAGGAGAUGUACAACAACGAGGAGGCCGGCCCGGCCUUCGAGGAGUUCCUCUCCCUGAUCGGGGAGAGGGUCUGCCUGAAGGGCUUCAGCAAGUACGCCGCCCAGCUGGAUGUCAAGACCGACUCCACGGGUACCCACUCCCUCUACACGACAUACCAGGACUACGAGAUCAUGUUCCACGUGUCCACCCUGCUCCCUUACACCCCCAACAACAGGCAGCAGCUCCUAAGGAAGAGGCACAUAGGAAACGACAUUGUGACGAUCAUCUUCCAGGAGCCUGGGGCACUGCCUUUCACCCCCAAGAACAUCCGCUCACACUUUCAGCACGUCUUCAUCAUCGUCCGAGCCCACAACCCCUGCACUGAUAAUGUCUGCUACAGUAUGGCUGUGACCCGAUCCAAAGACGCUCCUGCUUUCGGUCCCCCCAUCCCCAGCGGCACCACAUUCCGCAAGUCUGAUGUCUUCAGAGACUUCUUGCUGGCCAAGGUGAUUAAUGCUGAGAACGCCGCCCACAAGUCGGACAAGUUCCACACCAUGGCCACCAGGACCCGCCAGGAGUACCUCAAGGACCUGGCUGAAAACUGUGUCUCCAACACACCCAUUGACUCCACUGGCAAAUUCAACCUCAUCUCCCUGACCUCCAAGAAGAAGGAGAAGACAAAAGCACGGGCAGGCGCUGAGCAGCACAGCGCAGGCGCCAUCGCCUGGAGGGUGGCGGCCCAGGACUAUGCCCAGGGGGUAGAAAUCGACUGCAUUUUGGGGAUUUCCAAUGAGUUUGUGGUGCUCCUGGACCUUCGCACCAAGGAGGUGGUGUUCAACUGCUACUGCGGGGAUGUCAUUGGCUGGACCCCAGACUCCUCCACUCUCAAAAUCUUCUACGGGCGAGGGGACCACAUUUUCGUGCAGUCCACAGAGGGCUCUGUGGACGACAUAAGGGAAAUUGUCCAGAGACUGAAGGUCAUGACCAACGGCUGGGAGACGGUGGACAUGACCCUGCGGCGGAACGGGCUCGGGCAGCUGGGCUUCCACGUGAAGUACGACGGGACGGUGGCCGAGGUGGAGGACUACGGGUUUGCCUGGCAGGCCGGCCUCCGGCAAGGCAGCCGCCUGGUGGAGAUCUGCAAGGUGGCCGUGGUCACGCUGACCCACGACCAGAUGAUCGACCUGCUGCGCACCUCUGUCACCGUCAAGGUGGUCAUCAUCCCGCCUUUCGACGACGGCACGCCCCGGAGGGGCUGGCUGGAGACCUAUGACAUGAAUACCUCGGAGCCCAAGACGGAGCCAGAGAGCAUGACCCCCGGGGGCCGGCCCCCCUAUCGCAGCAACGCUCCCUGGCAGUGGAGCGGGCCUGCCUCCCACAACUCUCUACCGGCCUCCAAGUGGGCCGGCCCCAGCACCCCCGGCCAUGCCCAGUCCCUGAGCCGGCCCCCGAGGCAGGCCCCCAUGGUCCCCUUCCGGGAGCCCCAGCCCCUGCACGGCAAGAGGCCUGUCAGCUUCCCAGAAACCCCUUACACAGCAUCACCAGCAGGGGCCGACAAAGUCCCUCCCUACCGGCAGCCUUCUGGGAGCUUCUCCACCCCCGGCUCGGCCACCUACGCAAGGCACAAGCCAUCCCCAGAAAGGUAUGCGGCCGCCCCACACCCACUGCUGUCCUUUGAUCCCCACUUCAGCCACGACGGGAUGUCCAGCGGCGACUCCUCCUCAGGUGGCCUGACCAGCCAGGAGAGCACCAUGGAGCGUCAGAAGCCAGAGCCUUUGUGGCAUGUGCCUGCCCAGGCCCGGCUCUCAGCGGUGACAGGGAACAGCGGGAGCAAGCACGUCUCCAGGCAGGACGCGGCCGGCAAAGAUUCCCCCAACAGGCAUUCCAAAGGAGAACCUCAGUACUCCAGUCAUUCCAGCAGCAACACCCUCUCCAGCAACGCCUCCAGCAGCCACAGCGAUGACCGCUGGUUGGACCCCCUGGACUCCCUGGAGCCGGAACAAAACCCCCUCUCCAAGGGGGGCUCCAGCGACAGCGGCAUCGACACCACCCUCUACACCUCCAGCCCCAGCUGCUUGUCCCUGAAGGCGCCUCGGCAGGCGAAGCCACACAAGCCCCCGGGGAGCGUGGGCCUCUGCGGGGGCGGCCGGGAGGCCGCCCCGCGCUCCCACCACGCAGACCGACGGCGGGAGGUCUCUCCGGCCCCUGCAGUUGCCGGCCAGACCAAGGGCUACCGACCGAAACUGUACUCCUCAGGCUCCAGCACCCCUACGGGCCUGGCGGGGGGAAGCCGUGACCCACCAAGGCAGCCUAGUGACAUGAGCUCAAGGGCCGGCUACCCCGCUCAGGUUUACAAAACUGCCAACGCAGAGACCCCUCGGCCCUCCCAGGUGGCCCAGCCCAGCCCCUUCCAGCUCUCUGCCUCGGUCCCCAAGUCUUUCUUCUCCAAGCAGCCCGUUCGCAAUAAGCACCCCACGGGGUGGAAGAGGGCAGACGAGCCCCCGCCACGGCCACUCCCCUUCACUGACCCAAAGAAGCAGGUGGACACCAACACGAAAAACGUCUUCGGGCAGCCGCGGUUGAGGGCUUCCCUCCGAGACCUCCGCUCCCCACGGAAGAACUACAAAUCCACCAUCGAGGACGACCUGAAGAAACUCAUCAUAAUGGACAACCUGGCGCCAGAGCAGGAGAGAGACGCGGGACAGUCCCCACAGAAGAGCCUGCAGCGGACACUGUCAGAUGAGAGUCUGUGCAGCGGGCGGCGGGAACCCAGCUUCGCCAACCCCGCCAGCCUGGAGCCGGGCCUACCCAGCGACGUGCUCUUCAGCAGCACCUGCACCUUCCCCUCCAGCACGCUGCCCGCCCGCCGCCAACACCAGCACCCCCACCCACCCGGCGGGGGCCCCAGCAGCGUCCCUGCGACCGGCAACGGCUUCCCAGAGAAGAAAUCCACCAUCUCAGCCUCGGAGCUCUCGCUGGCUGACGGGCGGGACCGGCCACUGCGGCGCCUUGACCCCGGGAUGAUGCCACUGCCUGACACGGCCACCGGCCUUGAGUGGUCCAGCCUGGUAAACGCAGCCAAGGCGUACGAAGUGCAAAGAGCCGUCUCACUCUUCUCCCUCAACGACCCAGCUCUGAGCCCGGAGGUCCCACCUGCACACAGCCCUGUCCACAGCCACCUGAGCCUGGAGAGGGGGCCCCCAACGCCCAGGACCACCCCUACCAUGAGUGAGGAGCCGCCUCUGGAUCUGACAGGCAAAGUGUACCAGCUGGAGGUGAUGCUGAAGCAGCUGCACACCGACCUCCAGAAGGAGAAGCAGGACAAGGCCGUGCUGCAGUCAGAGGUGGCCAGCCUGCGCCAGAACAACCAGCGCCUGCAGGAGGAGUCCCAGGCCGCCAGCGAGCAGCUGCGCAAGUUCGCCGAGAUCUUCUGCAGGGAGAAGAAGGAGCUCUGAGGCGGCCAGCCGCCCCCGCCCCCCUCGCCCCUGCCCUGGCCAGCCGCGGGCUCUGCUGUCCCGUCUCCAUUGGCUUGCUCCCAGUGGCAGGCGCGACCACGACAACCCAGCCGGGGCUCCGCUGCCCUCCUCCUGGACACGGAAACCCUGGGCGGCUGCCGGCCUCCCCGGGGCUGGGAGCUGUGCUCUGCUCCUGGCCCCCUGCCCCACAAGGUGCCGUGGUCUCAGGCCUCCCUCCGAACUGCCCAGCUCUGGUCCCUGGGGACUGGGCCAUGCCCACACCACCCCCAGGGGGCCCAUCUUGCCUCUUCCUAGGACCAAGCCAUCAGAAGCCGCAGGAAGGGGAAGGGAGGGCGGGGGUGUGUCUCUAAACCCCCCAGCUCCAGGGGUCCACAAACCAGGUUUCUCCACCACGUGCAACAGAGUCUGGGCUCGCGGGGCCGAGCCCCCUGCAUGAAAAAUCCGUGUGAAAGUGGCCUGUGCUUCCCCCAGGCCCCCAGAGGACAAAGGCCUGUGUGGAAACUGGCCAGGGGUCUCAGUCCCGGUGCACUAGCUCCAAAAAUCACGGACAGUAAGUAUCCCCUCCCAACCGUAUUCUUCCAAAAAGCAGCCAGGAGCACUUUGUUAGAGUUUCGAUUCUUUUCUUGGGACUCCCGGAUGGAGAGAGGAAAGCCCCAGCAUCCAGAGUCGACUUCUUUGAGGGGAAACUCUAUUUGCACACUCGGGACCGUUUAUACCUUCUUUUUUCUAUCCGCCCCUCGACCACCAGAGGCCACAGUGCCGGGGCCAUGCCACCUUCCAGCUGCUGCCCUGGCCCCAGGCGGUGAAGCCUGGCCUCUCCCCAGGCCCCGCCAGCUCUGGCCACACAGCCAGGCCCUCUUCCGGGCACCAGGAGGGGCUCCACACAGCCCUCCGGUCAGGGCUGGAGAGAAAACAGCCUUCAUCUCCUCUCUGGAUUUGUUUUCCCUUCACAAGCGGACACCUGGACACCCUCUCCGUGCUCCCCGGGGAGUGCUCUGCUGUGUGAACCCCCUCAUAAGACGCUGGUUCUCUAAAGGCAAUAAGGGGCAGCCGGGCCAGAGCGGUACUGUGCUGCUCACCCAGGAAACAGAGUUUCUUUUUUUCCUUUAAAAACAAAAAGAUAUAUAUAUAUAUAUUUAUUUUUUCAUGUAGAGUUGCGCCAGAACAAGUCUGUAUGGCCACAAUCUGUGGAUUCCCCCAACCUCAAGCUGAGGAUCAAGGUGUGUCCCCAUGGGCUGGGACUCAGUGGGAGGACUCAGAGGGGUAAAGUCAGGGUGGGCAGGUGGGUGGGCUUUCCCACUGAGGGAGGCCCCAGGCAGGGGGAGCUGGACCGACUCUGAUGCCUCCUCCUCCUCCUCCUCCUCCUCCCCCCAGCAGCACCCUCUGGGGCUGGCAGCUGGCGGCCCGUGGCCCAGCCCUGGUCCAGAGACACCCCCCACCCCCCACCCCCGCUUUCUCUUUGGGGCCAGAAACCUCAGGGCAGGGGCCUCUGGGGACUGCAGGACAGGGAGCGGUGCAGGCUGGGCUGGGCGGGCAAGAGAAAAGGGCACCCGUGUCUCCCUGUGAUCAGCCUCUGACCCCAGCCGCGCUGCAGCCUCACAAGAAGCCCUCAGAUCUGCCGUCUCCUGUCCCUCAGCCGCGGUGUGAGAUGAGGGCUUCGAGGUGGGGCCUGCUCGGUCCUCAGUCCUGGCCAACUACUGUGAUAUCUCUGCCCUCUUCCCCACCCCCUUUUGGAAGGGUUCUCCAGGACCUCCCCACCGCCCUUUCCUCAGACCCUAACCUGGAGGCUGCCCCCCCCCCUUUUUUUAAGUUCUUAUCUCUUCAGAUCAUUCUAAUCAUUUUGGGGACCUAAUCAUGUACAUUGACAAGUGUAAAUUAAGAUUUUUUGUUUUGUUUUCUGUUAUUUUUUAAGGAUCUCUGCAAAACAAAUUAUUUAAUUUGAGGUUAGUGUUCAAUCUGAAAGCUUGAAGAUAGCAGGGGUUUUUUUUUUUCAUGUGUUGAUUUGUUUCAUUGGAUUUUUUAUUCUUUAUUGUCUUUUUUUUUUUCUAUCCCUGUCUUGAGAUUUUUCUGGCAUGUUUCUGGAGGUUUCAAAGGAAAUAAAUGUUUCAUAGAAA